GACAUGUCGGUACAUAUCCGAAAUGGUACAUUUACAUCGGAAAUGCUCCAACAACCAUGAUCGAUGUUCGAAUUAAUCGAUAUAACUGAUCAUCGAUCAACCGUAAACCCACCCGAUAUGAAUUACCGACAUACGGGUCCAUCUCUUAGCGUACCGAUAUGAAUAGAUUUGAAAAUGUGAAACUUCCCUGCCCUAUAUAGCUCAGCCAAAAAUCGCCGCUUCGCUAUUCACCACUUCCAUCGUUAUCAAUUUCACCAUUUGCUGUAGAAGCAAGUUAAUCCACAGCUAAAUUAGAAUCUUUCAGCUUUGGAAUUUAGCUGAUUCUGUUCUGGACUGAUUGUUUUUUGGGUUUUGUUUUGGUUGUUGGUUGUUUUCUGCAGAAUGUGUUACUGCAGUUGUGUUUUGCUAUAGUUUUGCUGAUCUUUUGUUUUGGAUGUAAUGUUGGUACUUUGAUUGUGUGGUGAUUUUCUCCGCUUCGCUAUUCACCUUCAAAAUAUGGCUUUCUCGUUCUGGUUAUGUCGUCUACGUUCCUCAAAAGGUUUCAGUUACUCAAAGAGCCGAAGCUCGCGUUCCCAGAAUCAUGUAACUCCAAAAGGACGGGUACCCAGGCAUGUCUUCAACUCCAAUAGCUCAAGACUCAGACACCCAUUCCUGUCGCUGAUUCCUACGGCCCUUGCAGUCUCAGCUGCAGCACUUGCCCUUCAGUGCCCACCAAACCUUUCGGCCAAUUGCAGCCCGCAUCAUGAGCCUUCUGAGGAUCAGUAUCAUUCCGAUACUGAUGUGAGUCUCUUCAGUUUUAAUCAGUAUCAUUCCGAUACUAAUACUGCUAAGCAUGUGAAUCGAUCGAUGCAGAAUUAUGAUAAUCAACAGCAUGGAUCACCGCUGGGAGGGUCGUCCUUUGCGGGCUCAACUUCAGCACUUGCCCUUCAAUACCCACCAAACCUUUCAUCCAGCCAGUAUCAUCAGCCUCCUGAGAAUCUGCAGUAUCAUUCCGGUACUAAUACUACUAAGCAUGUGAAUCGAUCGAUGCAGAAUUAUGAUAAUCAACAGCAUGGAUCACCGCUGCAAGGGUCGUCCUUUGCGGGCUCAACUUCAGCACUUGCCCUUCAAUACCCACCAAACCUUUCAUCCAGCCAGUAUCAUCAGCCUCCUGAGAAUCUGCAGUAUCAUUCCGGUACUAAUACUACUAAGCAUGUGAAUCGAUCGAUGCAGAAUUAUGAUAAUCAACAGCAUGGAUCACCGCUGCAAGGGUCGUCCUUUGCGGGCUCAACUUCAGCACUUGCCCUUCAAUACCCACCAAACCUUUCAUCCAGCCAGUAUCAUCAGCCUCCUGAGAAUCUGCAGUAUCAUUCCGGUACUAAUACUACUAAGCAUGUGAAUCGAUCGAUGCAGAAUUAUGAUAAUCAACAGCAUGGAUCACCGCUGCAAGGGUCGUCCUUUGCGGGCUCAACUUCAGCACUUGCCCUUCAAUACCCACCAAACCUUUCAUCCAGCCAGUAUCAUCAGCCUUCUGAGGAUCAGUAUCAUUCCGAUAGUAAUAAUUAUUAUUAUCCACAGCAUGGAUCACCGCUGCGAGACGGUUGGGAUGGUGAUGAAUUUCCGGAAUGGAUUUGGAGUUUUCUGGGUGGUCAAGAUACAGCGGCUACUCCUAAUAAUGAGGAUUCAAAUGAAGGAGAGGCGCACAAGAAUGCAGAUAAGACAAAGCGGGGUAGACGAAGGACCUCUAUUGUGUGGGAACAUUUUAAAGAAAGUUUCAAGGAUGGUGCAAAAAGGAUUAUAUGCAACUCGUGUCACACUGAAUUCCCCCCAUCAGAAUCAGGCAGUACAGGCCACUUGCACCUGCACCUGAAAAAGUGUGGCAAUAACGAAGAUUCAAAAAAUAAGCAGAAGGGUGAUGAUGAGGAUACGCCUUCUAAUUGCUCCAUUGGUACGUCUACCCGUAAGCGUUCUCGGACUAAAAAAGAUGAUGCGCUUCCCCGCAUUGGCACUCAUUCUAUUAUGGUUGAACGCGGGGUCUCGUGGUCAGACAUCAUGGAUCCUACUUACAAAUUUAUCUACAAAAUUUUUAAAAAAAAUGAGUGGCUGAGUCUUUUUGAUCAUGUCACUGUCUAUCCACGCCUUGUUCAGGAAUUUUACCACAACAUGUACCCCAUCAAUUGCGACUCAUCUCACUUUUACACCAAAGUGUCCGGCACCCAACUGCACAUUACUUCCAAAUUGAUAAAUGAAGUCACAAAAAUUCCUCUCACCUCUGAUGGAAACACUCCUUUUACAAAAUUCGUUCUUCCGCCUUCCAAUGCUGAACUUAAGGAAUGUGUUCAUCCCCAUUUUGAGUAUGAGUGGGAGAAAAACCAGAAUAAGAUUCCUAUUAGUUAUCUGCCGAAUCAGAAUCGUUUAUUGGCCCUGAUCGUCAUGCAGAACAUUUGGCCUAUCUCUUGCAAUAGUUAUGUUCCUCUUGAUCAUGCUCAACUGAUUUAUGCCAUCAUCAAUCAUAUUUCUUUCUGUCUUUGCAAGCACAUGGUGAUGACCAUGAUUAAGGCCCAUCAAGAUAACACCAUUGCCUUACCUUUUGGUGGUCUUAUCACUAAAAUACUCCAGGCCAAACUAUCAUCCAUUCCUCCCACUGAACUCGUCAUGUUUUCUGAAGAGGAUUUCGGCAAAGCUCUCGUGAUGAAGUUCAAUGAUCAACUUCAACAGGUUCAUGCGGUCGAUGAGCCUGCUCCUCUAGCUCCUCCAGCUCCUUCGGCUUCUUCUUCCUCUAGGCCUUCCAAUGCAGAUGUUUUGCUUUAGAUGAAUUGCUUCUCAGACAUUAUCAAGACUGAAGUUGAAAAAUUGAAGGAAGGUUAUCAAAGAGAUAGAUUGAAGUCGUAAGCGGAAGUGUUAUGCAAAAGGCUUGUAUAGACAGGUUUGCAUAAUAUAGGCUAGACAAUAAUUAUUAUUGUGAAUUACUUUCUCUUGGAAGCCCCAUAUUUAUAAUUGUUCGUAGAUGUUAAUGUUGAGGAUGCUUAA